AUGGCUGAGCCCGGGAAGAUCACUAUCUCAAUAGACAGAGGAGGCACAUUCACGGAUGUACAUGCCAUAGUUCCUGGCAGCCCAGACAUUGUUCUGAAGUUGUUGUCCGUGGACCCCUCACAUUAUCAGGAUGCCCCCACCGAGGGAAUCCGUCGAAUCCUUGAGCUUGUGACUGGAAAAUCACAUCCACGAGGGCAGCCACUGGAAAUCGAUCGCAUUGGCUGUCUUAGAAUGGGAACAACAGUGGCGACAAACGCCUUACUUGAGCGCAAGGGUGCUCGAUCCGUUCUAUUCACAACGAAGGGAUUCCGAGAUCUGCUGAAGAUUGGGGACCAGUCCCGGCCUGAUAUCUUUGACUUAUCCAUGGCCCGCCCAGGAGUGCUACCGGAGAGCGUGGUAGAGGUCCGCGAAAGAAUCGUCCCCUGUCACCCGUCUGCCGACUCCGAGUGUUUUAAAGAAGCUCGAAUCGUGGAAGGCGUGACUGGAGAAAAGUUCCGGGUGAUUGAGGAACUAGAGCAUCGACCAUUUCAUUCAUUUGCUUAUCCCGAUCACGAGCAGAAGAUUGGUGAGAUCGCGGAACAGAUGGGGUUCUCCGUCACACUAUCAUCAAAAUUACAGCCCAUGAUUAAGAUCGUGCCUCGGGGCAUGUCAGCUGCUGCCGAUGCCUACCUGACACCGGUAAUCAAGACUUACAUCGACUCCAUUUCAUCGAGUUUCGAAGGUGGGCUGGAGCGGCAAGACAAAUGCCGCUUCGAGUUCAUGCAAUCCGACGGCGGCCUGGUCGAUUUCCGGAAGUUCAGUGGCCUGAAAGCCAUCCUGUCCGGCCCUGCUGCUGGAGUUGUGGGGUUCGCUGCGACCAGUUACGAUCCUGUGGAGAAGACUCCCGUUAUUGGGUUCGAUAUGGGUGGAACUUCGACGGAUGUUUCUCGCUUUGAUGGUCACUUGGAGCAUGUCUUCGGGUCCCAGGUCGCCGGCGUUUUAAUCCAAUCGCCCCAACUUGAUAUCAAUACGGUUGCUGCUGGCGGUGGCUCUAUUCUCUCCUGGAGAAACGGUCUUUUUUACGUCGGACCCGAGUCGGCCAGUGCACACCCUGGUCCCGCAUGCUACCGCAAAGGCGGGCCAUUGACUGUCACCGAUGCCAAUCUUUUCUUGGGUCGCCUGCUUCCCGAGUACUUCCCUCAUAUCUUCGGACCUAACGAAGAUCAACCGCUUGAUACCGAUGUCACGGCACAAAAGUUCCGUGAACUGACUUCUCAAAUCAAUGCGGAACGUCGCCAGCUCUCUCAGCCGGAGUAUACCGCGGAAGAGGUAGCCCUUGGGUUUCUGAAAGUUGCAGACGAGUCGAUGGCACGACCAAUCCGCAAUCUCACAGAAGCUCGAGGAUUUGAGACGGCUUCACACCAUCUGGCCUGUUUUGGUGGUGCUGGCGGACAGCAUGCUUGUUCCGUGGCUGCAUCCCUCGGAAUAUCGAGAAUCAUCAUGCACAAAUAUUCUUCUGUGCUCUCAGCGUAUGGUUUGGCUCUUGCAGAAGUUGUGAAGGAAUCACAAGAGCCUAUUUCUUCUGAAUACAGCUCCUCUCACGCCUCUCUUCUGCAGCGGUUCGACGAUAUGUCUGGUGCAGCUACUGAGGAGAUGCAGACCCAGGGAUUCUCACCCGAUCAGGUCCGCCAUGAACAGUAUCUCAAUAUGCGCUAUGAAGGAUCUGAUACAAGCCUGAUGAUACUGCGACCGGAAGAUUCGUCGGACUUCUUGGGUGCUUUCCGUGAACGUCAUCGUCGCGAAUUUAAUUUCAACUCAGACCGUGCCGUUUUAGUGGAUGAUAUCCGGGUGCGAACAGUCGCUUCUUCCAAUAUUCGCACUGAACGCAGCCCACUGGAGCAACUCCGGGAAAUUUCGAUCAAAGACGUUACUAUAUCUCCUGCCAGCAUCACAUCGGCUUAUUUCGAUGGGCACCCUGAGCGAAUUGAGACCCCCGUGUUCCUGUUAGACCAGCUGGAAAAAGGUAGCCGGGUCACAGGACCAGCUGUGAUCAUUGACAAGACACAAACGAUUGUUGUUUCCCCAGGUUCCGCAGCAAAACUUUUGGAAACAUGCAUCGUUAUUGAUUUGGAGGAGAAAUCCUCGGCGGCUCCUUCGUUAACGCAAGUGUCAGAAGAAGUUGAUCCUAUCCGAUUGAGUAUCUUUGGUCAUCGUUUCAUGUCCAUUGCGGAGCAAAUGGGCCGAACACUACAGAAGACCUCUGUUUCAACCAAUAUCAAAGAGCGACUGGAUUUCUCAUGUGCUCUGUUCUCGCCAGACGGAGGGCUGGUGGCCAAUGCUCCUCACGUGCCCGUCCAUCUGGGUUCGAUGCAAUUCGCUGUGCGUUACCAGCAUGAGAAAUGGCUGGGCAAACUGAAGGAUGGCGAUGUUCUCGUGGCAAACCACCCUAGUUGUGGUGGUACCCAUCUCCCCGAUAUCACGGUUAUUACUCCCGUUUUUGACCGUCCUGGUGGUACUACAAUCAUGUUCUAUGUCGCAUCUCGAGGUCACCACGCCGAUAUCGGUGGCAUCUUGCCCGGGUCUAUGCCUCCCAAGUCCACAGAGCUCUGGCAAGAAGGUGCUGCGAUCGAAGGAGAGAAGAUUGUCAGCGAUGGUGUCCUUGACGAAGCACGCCUUAUUGAGCUACUGGUCACAAAGCCUUCUCAAUACCCUGGCUGUGCGGGCGCGCGAUGCAUUAGCGACAACUUGUCAGACCUGAAAGCGCAAAUUGCAGCUAAUACUCGGGGAAUCACCUUAAUCCAGGCUUUAUUUGCCGAGUAUGGGGUUGAGACUGUUCAGAAAUACAUGUAUGCCAUUCAAGCCACGGCCGAAACUGCUGUCCGAAACCUCCUCAAGGAUCUCUACCAGAAAUUUGGUGGACAGCCAUUGGAAGCUGUGGACUAUAUGGACGAUGGCACGCCAAUUCGUCUUAAGGUGACUAUCGAUGGCAGCACCGGCUCGGCUGUCUUUGAUUUUGCCGGCACUGGCGCUGAGGUAUACGGAAGCUGGAAUGCACCCAUCGCCAUCACACACUCGGCUAUUAUUUAUUGCUUGCGGUGUAUGAUCAACGCCGACGUCCCACUUAACCAGGGUUGUCUCGCUCCGAUCGAUAUCCAGGUUCCUUCGCCGAGUAUCCUGUCUCCAGCAAAAACUGCUGCGGUGGUCGGUGGCAACGUCGUCACCUCUCAGCGCAUCACAGACACGGUGUUGAAGGCUUUCCGGGCCUGCGCGGCAUCUCAGGGAUGCUGCAACAAUCUGACCUUUGGCACAGACCCCACGACAGACUCCGCGGGCAAAGUGAUUAAGCCUGGAUUUGGUUAUUACGAAACAAUCGCCGGAGGCAGCGGAGCGGGACCAACCUGGAAAGGCGAGUCUGGAGUGCACGUACAUAUGACCAACACUCGCAUCACAGAUCCCGAGAUACUCGAAAAGCGCUAUCCGACGUUGCUGCACCAAUUCACUUUGCGCGAGGGCUCUGGUGGUCGAGGCAAGAACCCCGGUGGUGAGGGCGUCGUACGUGAGAUCGAGUUCCUUGCACCUGUCAAAUGUUCCAUCCUUUCAGAACGACGGGUUCAUAGACCGUAUGGGUUGGAGGGAGGUGAAGAUGCCGAGACAGGCCUGAAUCAGUGGAUUACCACAGAUGGUGAGACGGGAGAACCGCGCCAUAUCAAUAUUGGCGGUAAAAACACUGUCGACGUCAAAACACAUGACCGUGUGGUUAUCAUGACUGCGGGAGGAGGUGGCUGGGGAGCUGUCGAAGCAUGA